CCCGCAUGAGAGGUCGAUCGCCUCACAUUCUCUCGCUCAUUGCCAUCCUAAACAUUUUCUACUAGGUAGAGGGUUAGAGGACCCCUCAUUGCCUCCAGCGCAAUGGACCGUCUACCAGCCGAGCUCAUUCUCUCCAUUGGCCAGCUCAUCGAAAAGCAUACACUAUGUUCCCUGAUCCGAUGCUGUCGGCGCUUAUACGACGUCCUUCAACCGCUACUCUACACGAAAAUCCGCCUGGUCUCGCCUUUGUCGGACAGCUAUAUCUCUCUGGUCAUGCGCAUGUGGCGAUAUCCUGAGAUAGCCCGUCAUGUUCGCCAUGCAGAGAUGCAUCUCCCGAUCAUCCGUCACCACCGUCCUCAGCCUUUACCUCAGCUAGACGAGACAAAGGUACCCGGACUCCAGGCUUUCAUUCAGGAUGUCCAGAGUGAGAUGUUCGAUCUCAAAGACAAGCGCAGACGUGAUUGGUGGGGUAAAGGGUUGAGAGGCAGCGAAUGGUGCUUCUGGCUGGGUGUGCUGCUCGUCCGGUUGACGCGUCUCGAGAGUAUAGAGUUUAUUGGUCUCUACAACAACAGCGCGAUAUGCGAUCUUCUAUACAGAGCCGCAAAACAGCAGCGGCCGUUCCAUGAGGAGCCUCCUUACCCUCUGCUGCGGCAAAUUGCCGUGCGAGACUGCGAGCAGGGGUUUGAGCUCGAAGAAGUCCUGACCCCCUUCUUCUACUUGCCCGCCGUGGAAUCCGUGGAUAUCAGCCAGCUGUGGGAUGGGCGAGGACGGGAUGAUCCUCUGGAAUGGCGGCGGGAGGCCAGCUGCGCCCGUUGCCCGGUUAAGGAGAUCGUCAUUCGAUCCUUGAAGCACUCGCGUGGCACGCUCACCUGGCUCGCAGACUGCACAGACCUGGAGCGUAUCUCGGUGCGAAUCCCCUGCAUCUUCGUCGGUUACCCCGAGAUCCGGUUCGGGGUGCCGUUCAACCCAGCGCGCUUUAUCCGGAACCUUCUUCCGUUCAGGAGAACCUUGAGGAGUCUGCACAUCGAGUACGACCAAGUAUACCACGCCUUGCUGAACGCCCCCGGGCCGUUAGAACUGUACUAUGAGGACAUCUAUUGGCUCACCGAGGACGAGCGGAACCUAGAUCAUUGCAAUGCGCCCGUGGACUCGCUGCGCGACUUCGAAGUCCUCGAAGAGGUGUCGCUGCGACACGCCAACCUCUUACCGGCGGUGGAUGGAGCUUCUGCUCGAGGCAUUCUCGCGGACCGGCUCCCGAAACCCCUCCGGCGUCUUUGCAUCCUCAACAUCGUGGAAAGCCGCUAUACAGAUCUACUUACGGAGCUCACGAUCCUUGUCACCACAGCCCGCGAUACCUUCCCCAACCUAAACCAAAUCCAGCUCCCGAGAAACACCGUGGACGAGAUGUCAUUACCCGCUUUCCAACAUGACUGCACAAACGCGGGAGUAUCAUUCGAAUACUUCUAGAUCCAUCCAAAUGCCAGCCAACCCAUGGCGUCACAAACACCCAACCGCCCAUU